AUGGAUUCACUGAAAAAGGGUGCGCCUGAGAAAUGGAGAUUGGUGAAGGCGCACGGUAAAGCCGUGGGGCUGCCCACAGACGACGAUAUGGGCAACAGUGAGGUUGGUCACAAUGCUCUUGGUGCUGGCCGAAUUUUCGCACAAGGCGCUAAGCUUGUUGAUUUGGCUCUUGCCUCUGGAAAAAUCUACGAAGGAGAAGGUUUCAAGUACAUAAAGGAAUCUUUUGAAACUGGAACAUUGCACCUCAUUGGACUAUUAAGUGAUGGAGGUGUCCACUCUAGGCUUGAUCAGCUGCAGUUGUUACUAAAAGGAGCUAGUGAACAUGGUGCAAAAAGAAUCCGUGUUCAUGUUCUCACUGAUGGACGUGAUGUUUUGGAUGGCACAAGUGUAGGCUUUGUAGAAACUCUUGAAAAUGAUCUUUCAAAGCUGCGUGAGAAAGGUGUUGAUGCCCAGAUUGCUUCCGGGGGAGGUCGCAUGCAGGUCACAAUGGAUCGGUAUGAGAAUGAUUGGGACGUUGUCAAACGAGGUUGGGAUGCCCAAGUGCUUGGAGAGGCACCACACAAGUUUAAGAGUGCUGUUGAGGCUGUCAAGAAGCUGAGAGAAGCUCCUAAUGCUAAUGAUCAGUACUUGCCUCCAUUUGUUAUUGUUGAUGACAAUGGAAAGGCUGUUGGGCCUAUUGUAGAUGGAAUGCUUCAGUAUGAUGGUGAAUUGAAACUUCCAAGUCACUACCUUGUUUCUCCUCCCGAGAUUGAUAGAACAUCUGGGGAAUAUUUAGUACAUAAUGGUAUCCGUACUUUUGCUUGCAGUGAAACAGUAAAAUUUGGUCAUGUCACCUUUUUUUGGAAUGGUAACCGCUCAGGAUACUUUAACCAAGAAAUGGAAGAGUAUGUUGAAAUUCCCAGUGAUAGUGGUAUUACCUUCAAUGUCCAGCCUAAGAUGAAGGCCUUGGAAAUAGCUGAGAAGGCUAGGGAUGCCAUCCUUAGCCGCAAAUUUGACCAGGUACGUGUUAACCUACCUAACAGUGAUAUGGUUGGACAUACUGGUGACAUUGAAGCAACAAUUGUUGCUUGCAAAGCUGCUGAUGAUGCUGUUAAGAUGAUCCUUGAUGCAAUAGACCAAGUGGGUGGAAUAUAUGUUGUUACUGCUGAUCAUGGAAAUGCAGAGGACAUGGUGAAAAGGAACAAGAAGGGCGAGCCUCUUCUUGACAAGAACGGCAACAUCCAAAUACUCACUUCUCACACCCUUGAACCUGUUCCUGUUGCAAUUGGUGGUCCUGGGCUGGCACCUGGUGUGAGAUUCCGCAAAGAUGUUCCUGAAGGUGGACUUGCAAAUGUCGCUGCAACUGUGAUGAACCUGCACGGACUCGAGGCACCUGCUGAUUACGAGCCAACCCUGAUUGAGGCUGUUGAUAACUAG